UCCCCUUUCUCUCUCCGUCUUCCUCACCCACCCCCUUUCUCUCCGUCUCCCUCGUCCCUACACCUCCAGUCUGCUUCUGUUGUCUCGGCGGAUUGUUGGGCUGUGGGAGAGAAAGGAUAUCGCGAGUAUUGGAGUUUUGGUGAGAGUUUGUGGAAGAUGGCGCCUGUUGUGACAGGGAAGUUCGGGGAGCGCCCUCAGCCACUGCGCCUAACAAGAGAAGCGAUGAGGAAUUACCUGAAGGAGCGAGGUGACCAAACUGUCAUGAUCCUGCACGCAAAAGUUGCACAGAAAUCCUACGGCAAUGAGAAAAGGUUCUUCUGCCCUCCUCCCUGUGUUUACCUGAUGGGCAGCGGCUGGAAGAAAAAGAAGGAGCAGAUGGAGCGGGACGGCUGCUCCGAGCAGGAGUCGCAGCCCUGUGCCUUCAUCGGCAUCGGCAACAGCGACCAAGAAAUGCAGCAGCUUAACUUAGAGGGAAAGAAUUAUUGCACAGCCAAAACCUUGUACAUAUCCGACUCCGACAAGAGAAAGCACUUCAUGUUGUCUGUCAAGAUGUUCUACGGCAACAGCGCUGACAUCGGUGUCUUCCUCAGCAAGAGGAUCAAAGUCAUCUCCAAGCCCUCCAAAAAGAAGCAGUCGCUCAAAAACGCUGACUUGUGCAUCGCAUCAGGGACCAAGGUGGCACUGUUCAACCGGCUUCGGUCCCAAACAGUCAGCACGCGCUACCUACACGUGGAGGGCGGCAACUUUCACGCCAGCUCCCAGCAGUGGGGCGCCUUUUACAUCCACCUGUUGGAUGACGAGGAGUCAGAAGGAGAAGAGUUCACUGUGAGAGACGGUUACAUCCACUACGGCCAGACAGUCAAACUGGUUUGCUCCGUCACUGGCAUGGCCCUGCCCAGACUGAUCAUCCGUAAAGUGGACAAGCAGACGGCGCUGCUCGACGCCGACGACCCCGUCUCCCAGCUCCACAAGUGUGCCUUCUACCUGAAGGACACAGAACGCAUGUACCUGUGCCUUUCCCAAGAAAGGAUCAUCCAGUUUCAAGCCACUCCAUGCCCAAAGGAACCAAACAAGGAGAUGAUCAACGACGGCGCCUCCUGGACAAUCAUCAGCACAGACAAGGCUGAAUACACUUUCUACGAGGGCAUGGGCCCUGUCCACUCUCCUGUCACCCCCGUGCCUGUGGUAGAGAGCUUACAGCUAAACGGUGGAGGCGACGUCGCCAUGCUGGAGCUGACAGGACAGAACUUCACUCCAAAUCUGCGGGUCUGGUUCGGAGACGUUGAGGCCGAGACCAUGUACAGGUGUGCGGAGAGCAUGCUGUGCGUGGUGCCUGACAUCUCCGCCUUCCGCGAGGGCUGGCGCUGGGUGCGGCAGCCUGUCCAGGUGCCCGUCACGCUGGUUAGGAACGACGGCAUCAUCUAUUCCACCACACUGACCUUCACCUACACGCCGGAGCCCGGGCCGCGGCCACACUGCAGCGCCGCGGGGGCCAUCCUGCGGGCCGGGAACGCCAGCCUGCUCAGCAACAACAGCCAGGAGGCCGGCGCCGGCGUCUACGGCCCCAACAGCACCUCCAGCGCGGGAGUCACAUCCUCAUCCUCCACCGCCGCAGCCGUGGUCUCCUAACGCACACAGGGGGCCACUCAAUACGUAUAUGCCUUGAGAGCAGAUGUACCACAAGGUAUAUAAAGACUAUGGGAAAUAAUAAACAAAGACUGACUCACUCUAAAGUGCUGCGUAAUUUUGGAUACAAAGAAGCUGAAAUGGAAAAAAAAAAAAUUCGGUGGGAGAAACGGAGCAGGGGAAAUCUGAAGGAGGAGUGACAUCACAAGCCGACGGGAAUAAGUGCUCCUUGACACGCCCCCCCCCCUCUCCUGUGGUUACUUUAGGGACCUGCCUAUCCAGUUCUGGUGUUUGGAAUGAGUGAAGUUCCUGCAGGCUCAGAGCACCAGCACCUUUCUACGGCUGCGAAAAACCACAACAACAAUACAUCCACAAAAUAAAAAAAUCUCCUCAAAGUAUAUUUUUGCGCCGCCCUGCUCCCCUUCCUCCUCCUCCUCCUCCUCCUCCUCCUCCCCCUCCCACCACUUGUUUUAUAAUUAUUCCUUUUGUGUUAUUUUGCAUUGAUUUGUGGUUUCCUAAAGGGGGCUGGAUGUAUUGUUGUUGGAGGGAGGAUGCAGAGGGACACACAUAAAAAACGUGACGAUAACAUAGUUUUUAUGGACCAAGGAUCUUGUAUAAGCUUUAGUAAAGGUACAUUUUUCUCCAUACCUUUUUUGUAUUAAACAUAUAGUACACUUUUGUUACCAAAUAGUUUCUAUUCUUCCUCUGAGCUUGGGCUUUGUUUUCCCCCCUUUGAGGUCCAAAAUCCCAACCUGUAUGUUAUUACGACCUUACUACAAACAAACGCCUGCUUUUUCAAUCUUUGGAUUGAUUUUUUUUUUUUUUUUAUACUCUUGCUUCUUCUGUUGGGAAAAAAAAAAUCUGAAGUCUGGGUUGUUUAUUUACAUAAGCGAAGGUUGUUUUUGUUUUGUUUUGUUUUGUUUUUUUAAAUUGGGGAAUAACCUCAGAGGGCCUAUGUUUUAUCAUUGGUUUUUAUGAAGUCUUUAAAAAGAAAAGCUUUAAGCAACGCCUCUGCCUUGCCUGCAAUACUCUAUGUGCGCUAUGUCUCCUUCGGAAAGUAUACACAUCAGUACAUCUCACAUGGAGCCAUAGCAACACUUUGCAGAAUACGUGAAAAACUAGACUUCCACGGUUACGAGAAACGAGUCAAACUAAUGUAACAAAGCGUAGUCGUUGACUUCAAAGGAUAGCCUUAGUACUGUAUAUUCUUACUGUGUACACAGUCAAACCGCUCACAUAUCUAAUAUUCUGUAUCUGUUGCUCUAUCGGUCACUGUUAACGUAUCAGAGGCUACGUUCACAUCACGGGGCUCAGCGCUCAAGUCCGAUUGUCUCUCCAUAUCCGAUUUAUCUGCCUGGACUGUUCACAUUCAUGUGCGUUGGACAAAAAACGUCACAUUUGCGAAACAUAGACGUGAAGGCUUACUUUCCCAAAGGAUUACCGCUGCAGGAACGUCCGAUGAUGUCAUUCAGCAUGCUGAUUAGCCAGUUGCUUCUGUUUGGGAGAGUGUGGAGUAGUUUUGGAGCGACGCCCAUUUGUUUUCGGAAUACCAGGCUGUCGUACAAAUCGGCUUUCGGUCCACUAGCUCUGUUAGCAAAUCUGUGGAGAGUCAGAAGUGUCGGGUCACGAUAGGAACAGUUCUUCCAAACCCAAACAGCCACUUUUAGGGGCUGAAAAAAAUAGGCUAAUGUCAAAACUGCAGUUCCUCUAAUGACCACUAGAGGCUGGCUCCAAAGCGAGUCAAUCCCCAUAGACCACCAUGUUAAAAUGCCCAACUUUACAGAAGAAAUAAACUUGUUAACAGCCUGGUACAAAAAUGGUUUUAGUCUCUAUAGCUAAUUUCACCAUCCGUGACAACUGUACAGGUGUUUGUUUAAGGGCGUGGCCGUUAUGAGUGAUUGACUGUCUGCCGAUAGUGUCCUUGGCUUCUCAGUCAGAUCCAGCCCUCGCUCUUCCAUGUUAACGUCCAUGCCGCUGGUUCCAAAUAUCCAAGAUGGCAAUGGCUACAUGCUGAACUGGAGGUUUCAGACUGGCACUCUACAAACCAGUGGGUGAUGAUAUGGUAGCUACAGCUGAAGUGAGUUCCUCCGUGGGGUGUCUGGGCUCAGCCUUAGAGAUAGGGUAAGGAGCUCCGCCAUCUUGAGGGAGCUCGGAGUAGAGCCGCUGCUCCUUCGUGUUGAAAGGGGUCAGUUGAGGUGGUUCGGGCAUCUGAUGAGGAUGCCUCCUGGGCACCUCCCGUUGGAGGUGUUCUGGCCACGUCCCACUGGUAGGAGGGCCUGGGGGAGACCAAGAACACACUGGAGGGAUUACAUAUCUCAUCUGGCCUGGGAACGCCUUGGGGUCCCCCAGGAGGAGCUGGAAAGAAUUGCUGGAGAGAUUGACGUCUGGGGGGCUUUGCUUUGCCUGCUUCCCCUGCAACCCGGCCCUGGAUAAGCGGAUUAAAAUGGGUGGAUGGAUGGUAGCUACGUCCAUUAUUUUAUACAGUCCAUGUCCAAACCCCCAGCUGAGGUCCGGAUUAAGCCCCAGUUGUCCUCAAAUUCUAGAAACACCCCUGUGUACACCCAACCUGUGCGGGGCUGGAUUUGACUUGUUUAUUCAUUUUAUCUGAUACAUAUUAUUAAUGUUUGUUUGUUAACUGGCCCCUGGCCUCCUGCCCUUUUACAAAAGUGGGCCGUAGGCCAAGCAAGUUGAGUAUCCCUGCUUUGGGACGUCCAGGUCUAUUUUCCAAUAUCUCUCUCGGUGCCUCAUAACAACGCCGUCACGGCAUGAAAAUACUUGGCAGUUGGGCUCUAUUGGCAAUCCUGCCGCGGAGGCAACACGGCAGCCGUCUGUAGCUUAAACCCUGGAUGUAUAAAGAGACCUGGAUACAGCAUUUGAGGCGGGGCCCUGUUCAUUCCUAUGAAAGUCCAUCAGUAGUGCAUGAAGCCAAGAAAGCUUGAUGUUUCUGCUGUAUGAAAAUACCUAGAUCUUCCAUACUGUGGGUACCCUAGAGACCUCCACCGGCUGAGCAGCUAGCUAACUUGAAUGGGGAUGAAAAUUUAAUCAUGAGGCUCGUCUAGACUUUCGAGAUGUUAUCGGACUGAAUGGAUCAAAGUCCACAGGGGUUGUGGUGCUCAAAAAAAAAACUAUCCACUGAUUUACAGACAGCUCUCUACCAGUCUAAGUCUAUGGGAAAAAGUGUUUCUGGGCCCAGUGGCGUCACCUAGUGGACCCAGAAGUUGUACUUCAUGUUUCGCUGCUAUGUAAAAUUGGCUUCAAAGCCUGGUGCUGUUUUCGGGGGACUUGGGUUUAAUGGACCGCUCUGACUCUACAUGGUGAAGAACGACAUGGAAAAACAUGGAUGUAUGAAGAGAAAUAGACGAGUUCUGAUGGUGACCGUUCUCGCAGCGGUCGCCAGUGAUCGGAUCUAGGAGCACAUGAGAAAGUGGCCCAGAUCCGAGUGGAAGAAAAAGGAUUUCUGCGUCCACACCACUCUGGAAAUAUCCGAUCUGUGUGACUUGAGAGCUAAAAGAAAUCAGAUUUGAGCCUCAGUUGCUGGUGAUGUGAACGUAGCCGUAAUGUAGUGAAACUUCGUCUGUCAAAGCUGCACCUAGCGAGGUGUCUUCCAGUGUGUGCUGUAGUUCUGGUGGCAUUUAACUCCAGUGGUUCUCCAAAAAAAAAAAGACAAAAAAAAAAACACUUUACAAUUUGAUGUGGCCUUACCGAUAACUUCAAUUCCAUUAAAAAAAAACAACAAAAAAAACUUCACCUUUUCUUCUCUGCUGUUUACUCACGUUGGAAGAACCUGUGCUUAGCACAAAGACAAGCUGAUGCCUCGCUUCUUAUCACAGGAGCUCUGCUGUCCUCGGGCUCGUCGCUGCGGCUCCAGAUCCACCCUGUCAUGCAAAAAGCAGCCUUCAGAAGGAUUUACUCAGCCUUCGCCUGUUCUCAUUUGGUGUACAAGUACAAUAAAGCCCGUUUUUUAUUCUCAUGCGGUGCCCAGCACCUUCUCACUUUUGGUACAAUGUCUCACGAGCGCUGUAAGCUCCCUUUUUCAGCCUUCUUUUUAAAACAAAAAAAAAUAAAUAUAUCUCCUGUGGUUUAUUAUCUUUGCAGAAACAAAGCGUGUGUACGUUGUCACUGUCCGAGUAGUUGCACUCAUCCGUGUUCAUGCCGACCGCGUCUCCUGUAGGAGUAUAAAGGCCUUCUAAAUGUGUGUUAUUGAAGAUGUGCAUUUUCCAAACAGAACAGCAAUAUUGUACAGGUCAUUUCAUGGUUUAUCUGUCCGCCUGAGCACUAGUUCACCAGCCAGCAAAUACGUGUGUGUGUGUGUGUAUGUGUGUAUGUGUGUGUGUGUGUGUGUAGUUGCUGUAAUGGAAUAUUGAGUCAGACUCGCUCCAUUUCAAAGUGUUCAAACUUCUCUCCAAAAAAACAAACUUGAGAUUCACGGGGUUUUAUCUGUCUUCCACCAGGAUCCAAAUGUCUGAUGAUAAUAAUAAUCGUGGAGAAAACAUUCAAAGGCAAUACGUGUGAUCUUAGUAUUACAGUACGACUGUAAACACUUCCGGGGAAAUUAAAAAGAAAAUAACUUGAAUGUCUGCUUAUUAAUGAAGAAUUUUUACAAACCUUUGAAAUAGGAACAAAAAAGGAUUGCACCCCCUUCGAUGUAAAGAAAAGGAUUUAAGUUAUGCCCCCGCGUUUCGCCACCCUCGCCCACCUGUCGGUCAUUAAUGUUAAAUGUUUUAUAUUGUAAUAUUGAUAUUUUUUAAAUUAUUGGUACAAAGUCUCCCCUUGUCUUAUGUCAGAAUUAAAAAAAAGUGCAUUAUUAUUGCCCGUGCUGCCUAGGUUGGCCUGGGAGUUUUUUAAAAAAAGAGGCCACUUCCUGUCCAUUCUGGAAAACGUUGAGGAGUUGUAGGUGCAGCGGCGGCGGCAGUGUAGCGUCAAAAUAUCACGCGCUCCUUCACGAGCUGCAGGUCAACCCCUGAAACCCUUUACUCUGCAGGAUGGAGGUCACAAAAUCUUAACUGUAGAUUUUUAACUUGAGUGUUUUUUCUACUAGCUCUAAAAAUUCAGCGAGUUUUUAACAUAGCCUCUGCAUUAGCAUCACCCUUCCUCUUCCUCUUCCUCUCCCCUCCCUCCUCCUCCUCCUCUUCCUCCCUUGAGCUUGGAUAUUUUUGGGUUUUUGUUUACAUGCUGAGUCGCCUCUUACGGCUAACCACCUCUGGCUCCUCUUCAUCUCCUCACGCGAGUCUGAACAGAGCAGCUUUUGUCACAUCCGCUCAAACUAAUAAAGGGGGUGAUGCAUGCUUUUUCAAAAAAAUGUGUCGCCUUGACAAUCUGAGCUGGUUUACAGUUUUCGGGAGGAUGUCUCACUUGUAACGAGCUAUCAAAAGGGGUCAAAAAGAAAAUGUUACAUGCCUUCUUAGAAUCGCACGCUGCAUUAACCUGGCGACAAAGCUUUCAGAGAGGAAAGAAAAGAAUCAUUAGCGAUGCUUUUACAGAAAAAUAACCGGUUCUCUUUGUGUGUCUGGUCAUAUUUGUUUUUACUCUUCCAAAAGCAGCUGUUCUUGUGUUUGUUUGUUUUUUUUAUAAUGAGCUCUGAACAAUGUAUGUAUCCUCUAAUAUGCCAAAUGUCUUUUAUAAUGUAGUUUUCAUGCACUGCUAAACAAAACAGGGCAGAGUGAGAGGCAGCUUUAAACAGAUAACUUUAGAAAAAGAAGAAACAAAAAAAAGGAGUGUGGAGCCCUUCUCUGUCGCACUCAGCCUUACUUUCUCCUUAAGACUAUUUGGCUGUUUGCACUACAGAGCGCUAACCUUUCUUUACUCUCACACAUUCAUCCUCACUCUUUCAUGUUCAUGUAUGUACAUUUGGAGUUUCCUCCCUUUUCCUUCUUGUUUUUAACAGCCUGUUAUGCUUAGCUUUGCUCCAGUUGAAUCACUUUUUUCGUUCCUCUUCCUCCUCCUCCUCCUCCUCCUCCUCCUCCAUGUCCUUUCACUCUCACUGUAUCUGUGUAUUAUUCUAGUAAAUGGUAAGCAGAGGUGUCAUUGUGGUAGUAUACUCAGUGCUCAAAGGGUUGCUGAUGGUAGAAACCUGUGCCGUUUGUAACAUUUUAGCAAUAACGUCAAAAACAAAGGGGACGGUUUUGUUUUUUUUGUUUUGUUUUUCUUUUGUUUUUUUUUUGUUUGGUUUUUUUAUAACAUACGUUAGUUUUGUUUUUGUACAUAUUGCAGCUCCAGAUCAUGCUCAAAUCUGUAUGUCAUUAAAAGAAGAAAAGAAAAAAACGAGAAAAAAAAACUUGCAAUAUUGGCAUAAAAAUGAGAAAUAAAAAAGUGAUAUAAAAUC